AUGGACUCUAGGUGUAAAUUUGCCUAUGAGCGAAUCAAACCAGUUUAUGGCAGCUAUUUUCCUUCUUUGGCUGGAUGGGAUGAAUCAGAAAUGAUAAAUGAACCACAAAACAGAACUGAAGAUAUUUAUCAAGUAUACCGAGCAGGUCCUCCACUGCCUCCACCACCUUUCCCUCCUUUUCGUCGGCCGUUCGGAUGGUACGGCAACUACGGUUAUGGCAGGUGGUAUGGAAGAUGGGGAUGGGGAUAG